CAUUUUUAAUGUAAGAUUUCAAAAUAAGUUACUAACCGUUUGCUGUGAGUUUAUGUGAACUUCCUGCGAAAGAAAUGUGCGUGAAUGUUUAUUUUGAUUUAAUUAUUGAAAUUUUCAUAUAGCUAAGUUAAAAUAAUUAUUAAUCUAAUGUUUUAUGAGUAACUAUCAUAGAUUUAAAAUAAAAGAUGAAUACAUUAGAGAAUACAUUAGAUUCUAUUAGACCUUCUUAUAAUAAUAAUCCUCAAGAUGAGAUGUCAUAUUUAUUUGGAAGAGAUCCAAGUAUAUUAGCCUAUGGACAAAGACCUUGUGUCUCAAAAGAUACUAAAAAAAAUUUACUUUCUGUAUAUGAAAAUGAAUCUGAAGAAUGCAAUUAUAUUGUAGAAAAUGGUUCUGUAAAUUCAGAAUCAGAAAAUUUACAGACUGUUAAAGUAUAUUUACGAAUGAAACCAUAUCCUAAGAAGUUAAAAUUAUCACAAGAACAACAGGAUGCAUAUAAAAUAAUCAAUUCAACAACAUUAUUCACAAGAUUGCCAAUUUUAGAUCAAAAUACUAGUUGUAUCAAAAAAUCCAAUAAUACUGAUAUUGUAUGUAGAAAAUUUACAUUUACUAAAACUUUUGGACCAGAAAUUACUCAAUUAGAAUUAUUUGAACAAGCUGUAAAGCAGCAAAUGAUAGAUUUCUUAAGUGGGCAAAAUUCUACUAUUAUGACUUAUGGUACUACAAAUUCAGGGAAAUCUUAUACAUUACAAGGAACUACUACAUCUCCUGGAAUAAUACCAAGAUGCUUAGAAUUUGUCUUUUCAAAUAUUACACCAAAAUCUACUCCUUUUUACAAACCUGUAAAUCAUUGUGAUGUUGUUAUUUUGGAUCCUCUUGAACGUGCACAAGAAUUAGAGAUAAAAACCAAAUUAUUAACAUUUGCUUCUGUAGAUAAAUACCAAUAUAUUAACACUUAUAAAGAAAUGCAGAAAUUGUUACAAGAAGAAUCACCUAAUAGACCAAGCCAAUGUAUUGAUGCACAUUAUUCUAUUUGGGUUUCAUUUGCUGAAAUUUAUAAUGAAAUUGUAUAUGAUCUUUUAUCAAAUGAGUGUCAAAAAAAAAGAACACCUCUUAAAUUAGCAACAGAUAGCCAAGGAAGAGCAUUUAUUAAAGGUUUAAAAGCUGUUUGUGUACAUUCUGGUUCUGAAGCUUAUCAAGUUUUAAUGGCAGGACAAUAUAAUUUGAAAGUAGCUGCAACUGCCUUAAAUGCAAGAAGUUCAAGAUCACAUUGUAUAUUUACUAUUAAAUUAUUAAAAUAUUAUGUUGAAAAUGAUCCCACUUCUGUUGAAGUUAGCACAUUUGCAUUUUGUGAUUUGGCUGGUUCAGAAAGAUUGAAAAAAACAUUAAAUAUUGGAGAUAGAUUAAAAGAAGCACAAAAUAUUAAUACAAGUUUGUUAGUAUUGGGAAGGUGUUUAAAAAGUAUUCACGAAGGACAAUUAUCAAAACAAAAAAUAGAACAUAUUGGGCCAUUUAGAGAAUCAAAAUUAACAAGAUUAUUUCAAAAAGCAUUAUCGGGUAAAGAACAUAUAGUUUUAAUAGUAAAUAUCAAUCCUAUUCCAAAUUUAUAUAUAGAAACGCAAAAUGUACUCAAUUUUUCUGCAAUUGCAAAAAAAAUAGUUAUAGAAAAAGAAAAAGUACAUAAAAAUAAAUCAAGAUUUUCACAAAUAGUUACACAAAGCAUAAAAACAGUAACUGAUUGGGAUGCUACAGAAUUGGAAAAUGAAGAAUGGCAGAACACAGUUGAUGAUAUUAGUACAUCUGAUUAUGUUCGAUUUGAAAAAUAUGAUGAAUUAAUGAAUGAAAACGAGAGAUUGAAAAAAGAAAUUUCUGUUUUAAAAAGUUCUGCAUUAACUCGUGACCUCCAAAUACGUCAAGAAAUGGCUGAUACUUAUACAUCUAUGAUGAAAAAACUUGAAAUAGAAUGGAAGAAUCAUAUAAAAGAUGUAGAACAACAACAAGAAGAUGUACUUCAGUGGUCUGUAAAACAAGUUGAAGAAUUUUAUAAACAAAAAUUGGAUCAACUUAGUUGUCGCAAAAGAAGACGUUCAUCUCUUGAUAUUAAUAAUUCAGAUGAUUAUUCAAGAAAUAUUGAAGAACUAGAGAUAAAAAACUCACAUUUAAAGUCAAAAGUUGUUUCUUUAAAGAUUGAUAUGAAAGAACUUAAAGAAACGAAUCAAACUCUAAUGGUUGAAAAAAAUAACGCAACAUUUGAGCUCGCUUUAACAAAAGAAGAUCUAAAAAAUAUAAAAAAUUUAUUAAAUGCAGCCCAGCAAGAUAUUUGCUCAGAUGAAGACACAAAUUAUUAUAUAGAAGAAUUAAAAUCUCAAUUAUUUGCAAAACAGGAACAAGUUAAGAAACUUAAAGUAUUUUUAAAUGAAGCAAAAGAAGAUUAUAUUUCUAUCACUACUGAAAUGAGAGAAAAAGAAUAUGAAAUUAAAGAGCAAAAAGAGGAAUUAUUUGAAAAACAAGAAACAAUAGAUGACUUAGAAGCAAAUCUUACACAUAUUAAUAUGUGUUUAUCAGAAAAAAUCAAAAUAAUUGAUCAAUUGGAAGAAAAAUUGGAUAAUCAAAAUAAAAAAAUAUUAGAUUGUGAAAAUAAAAUGCAAGAACGAAUAAAUAAAUUGGAGAAUGAAAAAUUAUUGCUGUUCGAUGAAUUUGAAUUAUUGAAAAAAACAAUUGAUAUUAAAAAGAAUAUGAAACAAAAUUUAGAAUAUGAAAAUGAUGAUUAUAAAAAAUCUGAGUGUUCAAUAGAUAAAGAUCAAGAUAUUGCUAUAAAAGAAAUAUCUUCUGAUCUUAAUGUAGAAGUAGUUAUAGAUUCAAAUCAAAAUAAUAAGAAUACACAAACAGAAAAUGUAUUUGAUACUCAAAUACAAGAAAAAAUAAUUGCAAUAGAUGAAGAGAAUUCAACUUUAAAAGAAAAAUUAUUACGAAGUAUAACUGAAAUACAAAGUUUAAAGAUGGAAUUGGAAUGUGCUAAAAUUAAAUUAAAAGAUAUAUCUGAACAAAUAUAUAAUUUGAAAAUGAAUAAUGUACAAUGUAAAAAUGAAAAUAAAAUAGAAUGCAAAGUAAAAGUUGAAACAAUAGAAAUAGGUUGUCAAGUACAUAUAGAAUCUGACGAACAUUGCGUUGAAAUAUCUAAAAAUGAUGUGAUUAAUAAAAAUAGCCAGACAAUUGAGAAUAUGGAAAAAGAAAAGAUUAAUCAAGCAAAUUUUAUUGAAGAAACUAAUCAUCAUGAGAUGAUUUUAAAUAAAUUAGCAAAGUUAAUGGUGAAAUAUGAUGAUAUUAAAAUACAAUACGAAGAAAAAUGUCUGAUACUUAGAGAAGUGGAUCAAGAGAUGAUACUAUUAAAAGAAAGAAUAGAUAAACUUUCAGAAGAAAAUAAUGUAAGCAAAGCUGAGAAAGAAAAAUAUAAACAGACGAUUGAUUUACUUGAAAAAGAAUUAUCUUUGGUACAAAAAGAUAAAAUACAAAUUCAAGAAACAUUAAAAAAUACUAAUGAUAUUAAAGUUUCUUUAGAAACAAAAAUUAACAAUUAUCAACAACAAAUAAAUGAAACUGAACAACAAUUUUCUCUUGUUAAAAAUGAUUGUAAUCAAUACAUGGAAAAAUUGAACAUAUUACAAGCAGAUUUUGAUACUCACAUUUCAAAGUGCAAAAAUGAACAUGAAGAAACCAUAAGUAAUUUAAAAAAAGAACUUUCAUCUGCAGCAGAAAAAAAUAAUAUCAAAUCACAGUGUUUGGAAGUACAUGCUGCUAAAAUAUUAGAACUAGAACAUAAUGUUGAAAAUUUAACCGAACUUCAAGAAAAGAUUUAUGAAUUAAAUAGAAAUUUAGAAAUAUGUCAAGUUGAGAAAGAUCAAUUGCAGAAAUUAUUAAAUGAAAACCACGAUAGAAUUUUAGAACUCGAAGAUCGUUUAGAACAAGCAGAGGAAAAAGAGCGAGAUAAAGAUGCUGAAAUAAUUUCUCUUCAGAAAGAAAUGAAGAAUAUGAUAAACAAAAACGAAAAUGAUGACAGAAAUGAUAAAUUAAUGGAAAUAGAGAUGAAGAAUACAAUUAAGGAUUUAACUGAUACGAAAAACAUGCUUUCUCAAAAAUUAGAAUAUAUUGAACAGUUAGAAAUUCGUGUUAAACAUAAUGAACAAAAUGCCAAGAUAUUAGAUCUUUUACAACAAAGUACUCAAGAGAGACAAGUAGAGAACGAAAGAUUAAGAAUUAUGAACGAAGAAUUAAAAAAUAGUUUAAUCGAAAAAGAACGUGAAAUGGAAACAUUUAUGAAGAAUAGGGAUGAGAUGGUAUCAAAAUAUGAAAGUUUAGUAAAAAAUCAACAAGAAGAAUUAGAAAAACAAAAACAAAAGUUAACAAAGAAUCAUUUGAAAGAAAAAGACUAUUGUGGAAAUACGUCUGAAGAUGAAGUAGUACUUAAAGAACGUCGAAUGAGACGACCACCAAAGAAAUUUACACCAUCUUCACCGAAACAAGAUGAAAUUUCAGUGAUCGAUCUUUCUGGCUCUGAUUCAAAGCGAAGUACAAAACGUACUAUUCUGCCACCUCCGGAACAAGUUUCGGAAAAAAAAAAAAAUACUCGUAGAAAAAAACUAUAUGUUACAGGAGAUGAAUCUUUUCAAGAUAUAGAACCACUUGAGAGUACAGAAACUAUCACCCCAACUAUGACAACUCGAACUUUAAGAACUAGACGAAAAUGAAAAUAUUGUAAAUAGAUUGUGCCAGUGAAUAAGUUGUGGAAAAAUAUUAUAUUAUAACUAUGUUAUCAAGCAAGAUAUUUUCUGUGAUUUUUCUACUUGAAUUUACUUUAUUCACUAUAACAUAUUAUAAGAAUAAUGAAACAAUAUUUAUGCAUCCUUUAAUUGUACAUCUUAUUAAAAUAAUGUAUUUUUUAAACAUUGUUUUUUAUUAUUCGCAUUUGAAUAUAAUAUUAAUUCAAAUAUGUAAUUCCAUAAACAAUAAUAAUAUAUAUAAUGUAUACUAUAUACUACAUUUUUUAGUAUACAUGCCAAAUAUUUACAUCUUUCAAAAGUUUUUUUUUUAUUUUUAAAAAAUUUUUUUUAUAUAUUUUUUUUACAUAAAGAGUUUUAAUAUAUUAAAAGGAACUCUGAAUGAUAGAUAAAAACUUAUCAAUUUACUUAUGAUAUAGUUUAUUUUUCACGAGGUACACGACCUUUAUUGUUACAUUCCGCACUUAUAUUAAUUAUUCUCUUUUAAUAGUUCUGUAAUUAAUGCUUAUCCUUCUUAUACUCUCAUUAAUAUUCAUAAUAUAUUAUCAUACUUUCAAUGGAGUCAACAACAUAUAUAUAUAUAUAUAUAUAUAUGUAUUUAUAUAUAUAUAUAUAUUUUUCUUAUUUAUUUAUUUUCAUAUGUAUAUUAUGUAUAUCAUUUUAUAUACGUAUUAGGUGUAUGUUCAUUCUUAUGACUGAAUGCACUGUACCAUAGGAUAACUUUUAUUACACAAUUCACAGAGUUUUGAAAUAAGGGGACUGCCGAAGUACACCAUGAUGAUUUAUUUUCUCUUCAUACUCUUUUUUUCCUUUUUUUUUUUCUUUUGUUGUUUUGACCAUUGAAGGGAAAGACGUUCAUUUAUCGACAUGCUCAUAUUAUUAUUACUUUUCUGACCCACAAUUCUAAUUGUCCAAAAAAUGAAGGACUUUUCGCGAAAAUGUAUUUCCUCAUGUCUCAGUCGGGGCAAAGAGCAUAUAUAAAUCGUGAUUUAUAUGGCGUUCGUAACACAUUACAUAUACAAGAAAUAUAACACUCUAUGAGAAUCACUCUAUGAACAGAAUCAUAGAAUAUAAUAAUAUACACAAACAUUAUCAAUGAAAGACACGUUCAAAGAUUUACGUAUUUUUCUUGCGUUCAUAUCGGUGUCGUUUCGAAAGAAAAUUAUAAUUGCCAGAUUUCAAUCUUUAUAAUAUUAAUCAUAUCCAUAUAUAUAUAUAUAUAUAACACAUAUGCGUUUCUGUCUUUCAUUAAUAUUACGACGAACUUAGGCCCGAUUAAUUGCGAUAUCUUAACGUUAAUAUACAUUUCGUAUAAUAUAGGUAUUAUAUAUUGACCUAACGACUAGUGCGAAUGAAAAAUUUCACAGCGAACUGGAUGAAACACGCGCACACGGUGAACCAGCGUUGAGCUCAGAAUCAAGUCUUUCUUAAAGGGUUCUUUCCUUUUUCAUAAAUUUCUAAGCUAAAUACGUUUUCAUUAUUCUUUUCUUUUACUCUUAUGUACAUCGAAUUAGUCGAUCGAUGUACGGACAAAGUAACUUAAAAAGAUAACUUAAAAAAAUAUUUGAGAAGAAUUGACGAAAGAUCUGGACUCAACAUAGUGGCGCACGCAAACGAUCAGAAGUACGAGUUUAUUCGAAUGCGACACUUACUUUCUUUGACUUUUUCCCCUUUUUUUUUUGUUGUAUAAUAACAAAUGUUCGUACAAUCAUUUACACGAAUCGUCUCUUUUCUCUUUUCUAGUUUCUUGACUUUUGCUUCUAUUAAUAUUUAUCAUAAUAACAGUUCAUCCAUUUUUUUUUCUUUUCUUCAUAUCGUGAUUAUACAUAUCUCGAAUAUAUAACAAUCGAAUCUCUUAAUAUUUCUUUAUCGAUCACAGAGUGUCCAUAUGAUGAAGGAAACGAACAUUAAUGAAGAUAAAACAUCGUGCCGCGAAACGCUAAACUUUAUCCAUCACGAUUCUUUUCUGAUCUACACACGAGAAUUGUUGUUUCGCCUCGAUUUUUCAACGAGGUCGAGGAAAUAAUUGGACGGCAUGUUGCAGAAAAUCAUGUCGAAAAAUUGUUUGUUUCCUAUCGAUCGAUUCGUUUUUAUUCUUAAUUAAUUCUAUUGAUAAUUUGAGCCCUUCCGUCAUGUGGACAUACUGCGUAUCAAUAUUAAAAUACGCAUAACGAUCUUAGCGUAAAUAUUGUAACAUGUAACAAAUAUUUAGACAAAUUUUAACGCAAAAAAUAUAUCUUUAACGACUCAACAUUAACAAAUGCGCCUGAUAAUAAUAGUAUUAGUAAUAAUAAUAAUAAUAAUUAAUAAUAAUAAUAAUAAUAAUAAUAAUAAUAAUAAUAAUAAUUGCGUAGAUUUUUACCAAUUUUUUCCUUUCUAUUCGUAACUCUUCAUCGAAUCAAAUUCAUUUUUGGCGAACAAUAUCUACGAUUAACGAAUAACGAUAAGGAAAAACGUGAUCAUCGCUCAUAAAUUGUUUCUUUUCUUUUUCUCUUAGGGGGAAAAAAUAUAGCCAAUAGUUGACAAUAAUCGUUCGAAACGGUGUCCUUCGGCACACGGCAGUGUAAUGUGUCACUUCGGAUAGUCCUCGAUCCUUCGAACUCGAUGAAGAAGCAUUCGUUUUUUCUCCCCAUUCAUUUAUUCAUCUAUUCAUUUUUUAUACAUACAUAUUUAUUCCGUAGCACAGUGCAUUUUGUGUAAUAUUAUAUAACAUGCUUGAUGUUAGAAGUAGCACAUUUUUAUUUAAUUAUUUAUUCUUUUUUUUUCUUUUUUCUUUUUGUUCAUUAAAUACAACGAUCGAUAUUACAAAGGGGAAAACUUCGGAAAUUCUUUCUUUUUUAUUCUCUUUAAAUAUUACAUAUUCGCCCUUAUAAACGAAUCUAACAAUUGACAUAAGUAUUGCGUUAAAAGCAUGUAUCAUUUCAUGUGCACACCCGUCCACCGUUCAGAGGAUCAUCGAUGGAUGAAAAAUAUCGACAAAAGUUUAAGAAAAAAGCGAGAUCGAUCGGUAAAAUAAUAUUCUUACAAUCAUCGCACGAACCUUUUUCCCGUGUUCCUCUUUUUCCCCUUUAUUCUCUCUAUAAAUCUUAUCUUCAUCGUGUUCGAGGAUCGCAAACGUACGCGUUGUUGAGGAAAGUACCCCAUAGAAGAGGAAACGAGGAACAGCUCCUUUCGUCUUCUUCUUCAAACACCCCUUUCCUUUCUUCUAUCUCUCUAUCCUUAAUUACAAUCGUUUUAACAAUAACAAUACAAAAAAAGAAGUACCGAAACAUAGUCUCAUUCUCUCUCAUGUUUUUUCCUUUCUUUCUUUUUUUUUUUUUUUUUUUUUUUUACAUUUUUAUUACAUUUUUAUAUCAUCCAAGCAGUCUCGAUCCUCCCUUCGAAAAAGAAAUCUUUUCUCCCUCCCUAUGGCGACGUCUCAACGACCGCGAAAGAGGGAUAGAACGAAAGGGAAAGGGAAGUAGAAAGACGAGAUCCUUCUUUCAUCCCCUCUAUUCCUUUAAAAACAAGCGGAGGAAAGUCGAUGGAGAAAAGACACACAACAAUCCCAGCCGGCGAUCUCUCACACUAGUCCCCUUUAAACGCAGGAUGAUCCAAAACGCGACAAAGAUCGUCCUCUCUAUCCGAUUCACAAAGAGGAUAUCCCAGUUCACUUGAGGUCCUCGUCGUCCUCGUUGGCAAGUAGCUCGUCGAUCUGCUUCUCCCAAUCUUUAUCCAACGCGCCGCUGCUUCUCACCGGUGUUUCGACGCUGCUCCUCUCUUCGUUACCUGUUACUACCUCGUAAUCCUUCAGCUCCGCUUCCAAUUCGCGUUCCCAAUCUUCCUCUGCU